AUGGCCACCAGCAGAAACCUUUCCACGUACCGAGAAGCACUCCGGCAACUCAACGGCGGCAUAGACGGCAAUGAACUCUGCGUCCCCUGCAAGAAUGCCAUCUUCGACGACGACUUCGCACGCAUCGGAACGGCAGCCUGGCUCAAUGAUGGAUUUCCAGGCUCCGAGCAUCUAGACAAGCCGGCCCUUUAUUGUUGUUUCUGUAGACAUAUUAUAAGAGCGAGGGAAUUCGCCAAACGGAAAGGGAGGGUCGCAGAUGUGCCUAAUGUGGGGCUUGAUUGGGUGCUAACGGGAAUGGAGCAGGGAAUCUUUGUUCACGAUGAUGGCGCAGAUAUAGAUGGAGAAGAUGGAGGUCUUCUAGAGGAUUUCGAAGUGGAGAAGUGUGGGUUUGUCAGGUCAAUCCAGGACCGGUGGGCUGAUGUUGCGAGGAUCAAAAGUUGGCUUGAAGAUUGCGAAGACCGACACGAAGGAGCUUGCAAUGCGCAUCGUCGUCAAUUGCCUGAAGCUGCCGUAGGCCAGCUCCUGCUCGUGGAUGUUCAGAACGACUGCCUGGUCUGGCGCAGCUUUGCGGAUCGAUACUUUGCUUUGAGCUACGUGUGGGGCACCUCGAAGCAGUUUCUUACACUGAAAGAGAACUUUGAGCAGCUGCUGAAGCCGGGAAGCAUGUCGGUGCAGUCAAUCACUCAGACUAUCAAAGAUGCGAUGCAGUUCGUCAAGAGCUUGGGUGAGCGCUAUCUGUGGGUCGACACAGUGUGCAUCAUCCAAGACGACCUCGACAACAAAGCCAACGCAAUCGCGCAAAUGUCUUCCAUCUACAGCAGAGCCGUCGCAACCAUCAUCGCCAUGAGCGGCUCCUCUGCCGACGCUGGACUCCCAGGCGUCCCACCAACAGCCCGCAACACUCCCGCCAUCUACAUUGCACCGUGCCUUCGUCUCAUCGAGCGCACGCCCCUCGAGCGCGUAAUGAACGAAUACACAUAUGGAACCGGCGAAUACCCUUACAACACGCGUGCCUGGACCUUCCAAGAACGUCUUCUCUCGAACCGCAGCAUCAUCUUCCUGCGCGAGCAAGUCUACUUCCAGUGCAAAUCCCUCCUCAUCGCCGAAGACCGCUACACCAUGGACUAUUCAAACUCGGCUGUAUUUACUCUAGACAAGGCAAGGACGUGGAGCCAGAACAAUAAGGCGAAGAAUAAGAAGUACGGUCCGCUGGAUGAGUUUAGGUACUACGAGGAGCUUGUGGGUGAGUACACGGCCAAAAAGAUGGGUUAUCCUGAGGAUAUUAUCAACGCUUUUGUGGGGAUUCAGACGGAGUUGGGAAACAUGUUUGGGUGGACGUUCAAUGAGGGCCUUCCGGUUCCGCUACUGGAUUUGGCGCUUCUGUGGACACCGGUCGAGGCAGUGGAGAGAAGGCCUACGGCUCCGAGGCAUCCGAGUUGGGGUUGGUCGGGAUGGAUGGGUAGGGUGCAAUACAAAGACCUUGUAAGGCCGUUGCAUCUCUCGGUCGGAGAGCUCUUCAAGCCGCUGGCUACUUGGGAACUAGAUACCCCUGGGACGAUUCGGUUUGACUGCGAAACUGUACUCGCUAGAGCCUUUACUAUGCGACGUUGCGAACAGAGGCUUGAUAAUCCGCAUUACAACGCCCUCGUCACUCCGGAUGCUCACUUCCUGAUCGAUCCUAGCGGCCGCCGAUGCGGUAUCCUCUACGGUAUUCGAGACGAUACCUCCCCUAGCCAGACCACAUUCUCUAGCUCCGUGGAACUUCUCCGUCUAUCGAGCUGGAAGCGCGCAAAUUCAAUGAACACUUACGGUCCCGUCAUCGCUUACACCAACGACGGAAAUACGCACGAAGAAGAGCUCUUCGAUUCGCAAAUGCGAGAUGUGGAAAGCUGCACGUAUAAUGUAAUGCUGGCGCGGUGGUGGGGCGCGGGAUAUGAGAGGGUUGCGGUUGGCCAGAUCCACCGAGAUGCCUGGGCAGGUGGGGAGCCGUUGCGGAAGACGAUUGCGGUUCAGUGA